CGUAAUACGAAAUACUCGACAGUCAGAGGUCUGGGGGUCUGCUGUGUGACCUUGCAGUGUUUGUAAACAGACACACGUUGCCGUUGUAAAGUAUUGAGAAUAGAAUACAAUCACGAUCUAACAAAGAGUGUCACAAAGUAUUUGCUUGAGGAACAUCGAAAAGAAGUAAAACCACGAGAGUCAUGGAACUGGAGCCUAUGUGUAUCGCUGAAAAUGAGACGGAGGGAUCUCGCGGUGAUCGGAAAGAGGGGGGUAAGAGGGGACGCAAGCCUGGAAGGAAGGCGUCCGACAAGACGGACAUGAAAGCCAAGCUUGAACGAAGUCGACAGAGUGCGAGGGAGUGUCGUGCUCGCAAGAAGCUAAGGUAUCAAUACCUCGAAGAGUUGGUAGCCGACCGCGAAAAGGCUGUGCUCGCACUUCGAAGGGAGUUGGAGAUGGGAUUCGACGAGCGCGGGCAAGAGCGAGUGUCGUCGGAUAUUCCACACUGGGUGUGUGUGUGUGUACAAGGAAAUAUGGCAAAAACGGGGAUAAACCGAACGAACGGCGUGCAACGGUUUCGCAGCUAUGGGCGGGAGAUUGAACUUCCGGAUGCUUGUUGACCAGCCGACGAAUCAGGUCGAUCUGCUCGAGUGCCAGUUGGACCGAGUCGAGGUGCUGGGAGGAACAGGGGACGUAAGCUGACCAAAACUGCAACAAGGAACGUAGUCGAGGUGAGCGCGUAUUUCUUUAAUCCUUUCUUCUUAAAUAACAACACGCCCCUUUUCGAUCAAUAUCGAAAUAUCGUCUCGAUCGAUUCGAUUCUCCACGAUUAACGUGAGUUGGAGUCUCGACGACAGGGAAAGAUUUAGAUUAUUAUCCGUAGAGAGAUGGUAAUUUCGAUUCGUUAGCGGAAAUAAAAUACUUUGGAAAUAAUUAAAAAGGGGUAUUACGGAACCGUGGUACAGGCAAGACGCCGCUUUGAAUUUUAAAUAGGGGGAUAUCGGGAGCCAUAAAUAAGAGAGUAUUUAUCCUACUGGCUCGCAAUGUAUAUACACCGGCUAAGAAUAUAUUCUACUUGGAGUGAAUUAAACCGAUGUAUCAGAUCCCGAGGAUUAAACGCGAUAUUUCAUUCGAGCCGAUAAGAGGGGCGAACGUGAGCUCGCAUAAAAACUACUUUUGUACGCCGCUCGAUCGUUGUUACGCCGUCAAACGGGACCGAAUCGUGCUCGAUAAUACCCACCAUCCCUUAGAUUCUUCCAUUUCUCUCGCUAUCUCCGCCGAGCAACCCCCCCCUCUUUUGCAAAAAUUCACGCGAAAUCUCAGAAAAUCUCUCAGAAUUCGAUUCGCGAUCUUUAUUUUUCUUUCAACUUUUAUUUUACACGGGUAAAAUAUUUUUAUUUAAAAUAAAAAACGCGCGCGUACAUACAUUAGGUACGUAGACAAGUUUCGUUUUUUAACUGGAUGAAACGCGCGUUCGGAGCGUCGAGGCGUUGUCGUAAAUCAACGGGUGACGCCUUCCAACCCCUUGUUUUCCUCCCUUCCUCCUUUAUUAUCCUUCUUUCUUUCUCUUCUUCCUCCGUCAAACGCGACACCGUUUCCGCGACUUCAUUACCCGUCCAGAAGGGAUUUUUACAAUUUUCUCUUCCUCGCGAGUUACAUAAACACCGUUCGAGUACCUUUUCCCCUCCCCUCCCCUCUGGAGCUAAUUGCGAAACGGUAAUAAUUUAAAUCGCCGCGGCAAAGGUUAUACACGGUUCGAGGGCAAAAGGGGUUGUUUCCGUGAAACGAAACCGCGUUCUCGCAAACUUUUUGAUUUCUCGUUAAUGCAAUUAAUUCCUUCCUCCAACGGCCUGUUAUCAAACAAUUUCACCCUCGACCCGAGAAUUUAUUCUUAAUUAACGACUCUCGCUACUUUCGAAGCGAUCGGUUCGAAAGAAAGAAAGGAAAAAAAAAAAAACAAAAAUGAAAUUGCAUCUCGAAAUACAACCGCGUAUACCGCGUUUUGUACUCGAACGCAAUCGUCGGCUUUUUGAUCCGUGUUCCGCGAUAGCGAAUCGAGCGACGAUUAAACGCACGGAAACGGGAACUGUUUGCUUGAAAAAACUUUGUUCCAAUGUCUCGUUAGCAUCGAAUUUUAGGUCAGGUAUUUUAUAUAAAAUCGUGUGUUUCUCGUCGUACAGCGAUACGAUUUUUUUCCUCUUUUUCCCUCCCUUUUUCCCUCCCCUCCUCCAACGUUGACGUUUCGCGCAAAAUCGGAGACGGGUUAGUUUUAGGUCAGACGUCCCGUAAAAAUAUUCACCCUCCCUGCCCCGUCGACGACGGAUAUAAUCGGCGAUGUUGUCCCACUUUAAAGACGACGCUCGGGCGACCCUUUGGUGAAAUUGGAUCGCAACAUCCGCCAAACCUUCUCGCCAAGGGAUCGCCAUCCUCCCCUCCUUUUUCAUUUUCAGAAUCCGCUUUAUCGCGCUAGCGUUAGAAUUAUUCGCAGGAUGGAACGCGCAUCGAAAGCCGGUAUCUCGAGCUUUCCGUUCGAUACGCGCAUUCUUCUCCCUAUCAGACAUCGGGUUUAAACCCAAUUCCCCGAAGCUGGAACGUUUUGAAUGGAGCACGACUCGAGUUAUUUCGAAUCGGUUGGAAUUCACUUUUGGAACGUAGCGGGCAGGAAUCGCGACCGAUUGCUCGGGGAUACCUUCCUCCCGGGCGCAAUCGGAACCGCUUGUACAGCGUUGUAGAUUUUUCCAUGCAUCAGACUCGAGAAGCUUGCUCCUCCAUUCGAAAAAUUCGUUCCAGGACAGACUCUAUACGUAUUAUACUCGUCGUAGCGUGACCGCGUUCGAAAUCGUUUCGUACGUAAACAAGAUUACGUACGCCCUUACGUAUUUCCGGCUACGAGCGCGGGGUCCGGCAUAUAAGGGAUGGCAGGGCGAUCAAUGCUUCGUAACCUUUCCGCGGCGGAUGCCUUCCCUCUCCGUCCGAAUUAACCAAGACAGUGAUGGAUCGAGUCGAGACUGGCUCGCCAGAUAUAUCCUGUGCACGUGUACAACGGCGCCGUGUAUAUUAUGCAUACACGCGCGUUCGUUUCAGUGAGCAUAACCGGCCAGUCGCCCCCUUUCGUCUCGAUGCGAGCAAACUGAAUGCCUUCGGCGAACGUUGACGUUUGAGAAACGACCCAUAAAAUUAGACGAUCGUUUUGUCGCCUAUGCCUCCCGCCUAACCUCCUUAAAUUUCUCCUUGUUCGAGCUUGUUUAUCGUUAAACUCAUCCUCCCUCGCGGCGAACGUUUUCCCUCCUCUUUCCUCGGCAAUUCAUAAUCAUAACCCGCGUUAUUUGCGUAAUUAGUAUUCCCUUUUAAUCGCGCUAUUAAUUAAAUUGGAUCGCGGUACGCGUGGAAGAAGCUUGUUCGAAUCUCCCCCUCUUGACGCGCCCUGUCACACCUCUCCGUUACGUAACACCAGAGGGGAGAGAGUAAAAUGGAGCCUUCGACUCUCGCAACCACCCGCUGCCUUCCUCUUCAUCAUCCUAUGCCCUCCUUUGCGCGCGUAAUCGCGCCUUCCAGACGAGCUUCUAAUAGGAGGCAGACUAUUUCUAACGAGCAAUCGGGGCUAAGGUGUUUUCCAAGAUCUUCCUUUUCCUUUUUCACGCCGACUCGAUCGAACGGCGCAGACGACCGGAGCCGGUUCUCUCCUCGAUGGAAUUCCAUUUCCGACUUCUUAAAGUUAAACCUCCAUUUCGAAUAAAGGGGAACCGCCUGGUUCGAAGAAAGUGGAGGGCCACUCUCUUUUUUCGAAUUUCCAACUUUGCUUCGAUCGAUUCGACACAGCAAUCGUCGCGUUUCCACAGGAAUUUAAAUAUCUCCCUUUUUACGCUCGUACAACCCCGUUUUCAUCGGGAGUGACGUCGACAUUUGUUCAACACCGAGCCGGAUCUUAAUGAAAGAGCGCGCUUCAUCGAAUUCGGCAUUCGUGAAACAACAGCUCGGCUCGGGAUCGUCGUUCGAGGCCGCGUCAAAAAUAUAUUUUCCGUCUAGACUCGUGUCGAGGUCGCGUCGCGGCCUAGGUCGGCGAUAACGAAACGAAAUUCAUCGCGAAAGCAAUUUCACAGGUAGCCAGUUUCAUUACGUAACGCGCAUGGCGAUUCGUUCAGAAAGGGCGUGUCGAGGGACCGACUACUACCACUACGUUGCCCGGCUUUUAUACACGCGCGCAAACCAGUGAAAUUAUAAUCUACUUUUGUCCGCGUGAUGUUACUUAGACGCGUGCUUCUUUCAACCGGUGCUCCUGUCCUUUCCAGAGUCGAAACCGACGUUUUCAUUAGAUUUAUCAAGUAGAAACCGUUCUUUCUCUUUCCCUCUCUUCGAGAUUAAUCUCGUUAAGGAAACUACGUCGAUUACGAUUAAAAAGAUCGUCCAAGAUUAUUCCAAGGAUCGGGUAAACGAUUUUACGUAAUUCGUUCGUAUUAAGUUCACGGUACAGAGUGUAGAUUAGAAAUCGAAAAUCGAUAUCGAGGCGCGUAUUCUCUCUAUCUCCGUUCGAGAGGGAAUAAGACGAGAUAAAUUGUGAUCAAGGGAAAUGUUAAUCCCGAUAAUGAGUUUGGUCGAGUUUCCGUGCAAAAUCGUCGGAUUAAGCUUCCCUGUACUUUGGACAGAGCGAACGAAGGGAUCGGUUAUCGCUGGAUUCGCGCGAUCGCAACCGUUCCUCUCCUUCUAUUUCGCCUCACGAGGAACCCGUAACAAUCACAAUUUUCCGUUACCACCGCAAUCUUCUCCCUCCAUCGUUUAGCGUAACGUCAUCAUCGAGGGUACGGAAAGCCGGGUACAAAAGAGAUGGCGAUUUUCUAUUUUCCACCACCAAAUAGUCUCCUCUCUACCCUUUUCGAGUCGUGUCUUCGUUCGAAAGGGGAGAGCGAUUCCGAUCGAUCAUUUUCCGAACGAGUCGAGAGAGGUCGGAAAAGAAAAAAAAGAUUUAUUCGAUUUAGGGAAUCGAAAAUAGGUCGCAAGUCCGAGUGGCACGUUUGACUUUUUAAGUGGCCGGGACGAUCCCUUCUCCGGAGUUUCUGAUCGAAAUAUUUAACACGGAGACUCGAUUCGAACGAAUAAAAUCGGAGAAAAAGGGGUCCGCGAUCUAUCCUCUUCGUUAUUCGAUUUACCUUUUCGAAGAUAAUGUCAAAGAUAAAAGGGAUUUCGUCAAUUGUAUGAAGGAGAUAAGGAACGAGAAGUAAUUGAAACAUCGUGAAAACUUGAAAAAUACGGAAACGAUUUUUACGAUUUUUAGUUUGGUCGAGCUAAUUCUCUCUCGACUGGAAGAUCGUUUCUCGAGAGCUAUUGGAACGCGUAUUGUUGUCCGAUUUCGUCGUGUCCGCGCCAUUCCACCGAUCCUGGGGGAAGGAAGGAAGGAAACGAAAGAGGGUGGAGCUCGUAAUUUUCGUCCGGCUAUAAAUCGUGGCUCGAGGGAGAAAGGACUUUUCUCGAAAAGUGUUUCAAAUGGGUGAUGCACCGGCUCUUUCACCAACCUCCUCCUCGAGAGAAUAUUUGCCCGAUUGCUCGGGAAGAAAAGUAGCGAUGCUUCGCUACGAGUAAUUGGACGCCACAUCGAGAAAAUUUAUAUAUAUAUAUAUCGUCCGUUUUCGGUCUUGGCUCCACUUUCCACCGGAUUAAUGUCUUUUCACGAAAGCUUGUUGCGGUUAUCAUCGCGCUCACCUGCGCUGCAACCAUGCCCUCCUUCAAUCUUCUCAGAUCCGUGUGGCUCCACGCGCUCCGCGACCAGGGGUGGGUAUCCCUCAGGUCAUCAAACCUGAAUUCCCUCAGCUGAUUCUUCAAGAACUUGCGUAUGUUCCACGGUAGAUCGUUGUGCCUGGAACAACAAACGAGGGAAUAAAAAAAAAGGAAAACCUCAUGGUCGAUCUUUCCAUAUUUAAAUUAUUUUGAAACUCAACGUGAUCACUCUCAUCAACACAUUUUCCACCGCGACACACGAUUACGAUUACACCGUGGCCGACAGCGUGAAAUGGCCCCGUUAGAGAGAACGCAUCGCUGUGUGUAUACACGGGCUGCGAACAGGAGGAGAGGGAUGAUAGAAGGGAGAUGCAGGGUGGGGAAGAGGGAUAGGAGCAAAGUUUGCCCCUUACAAUGGCAUUAGCCGGCGUACAAGUUUCGCGACAAGGUUCGGUUACUCAGGCCGUGGUCGGUCCCCGCCCUAACUUAUUCCAUCCUUCCAAUCCUUCAUUUCUUUCAGCGACCGUCCCCGCGGAGGGACGCUGGUCAAACAUUGGUAUCCGCCGUCCGGCUUCCUCGGACGCGUCAACAUUGUUAGCCAACCAACAGGGAAACUCGCGAAGGAGAGAAAACUCUUUCCAAUCUUAUCCAUCCUUCGUACGGGCUCGAACCACCGUUCAAAUUCUUCGACAAAUAUCGACCCUUUGCGCUCGAAUCGCCACUCGAUUCGACGCGAUAACUCGAGGGGCCAUCGUUUGGAUCGAUAUUUACUUUUGUUCGAUUUUUUAAAAUAAAUAUUCGAUUUGAUUCCUAAGCUCUUUACGUGUAUGAUCUUAUAAAGCGUGGAAUGAUCGAACUACUUUCGGCGUUGGUUUGACAGUCGUGGGAAUAGAAAGAUUUUCAAAGUUUUUGACGAUAGAGAAAUGAGAGCGAUGAAAAUAGAAAUGUAGCAUGAGAAAGUGAAAAAUAAGAAUAGUAGACGGUGAAUGUAAGAGAGAGAGAGAGAGAGAGCACGUUAUUGGUAUUGCUCUUAAUAUUCUUAAUGAAAUAAGAAAGAUGAAAAACAUCAAACAUUUUAUAUAUUUGCCCUGACAAAUCGAGGAUGCAUCUUGGUAAUUGCUUCAUAAAAUAUCACACGAAAUAGACUUUACCAGACAAAUUUCUUUUCUUUAUACCUAAAGAUAAAGUAUUAAAUUAUAAAAGUUUUCAUACGUUUAAUUGGUGUGUGAAAUCAUUUUAAGUUAGAAUGGGUGCGUCUGGAAUUGUUGGUUCAGCCGAAGAAGUUCAGUAAAAAAGACAAAAGGGAUAAUAUCUACGGAUGUUUACGCGUAUAUUAGGUGUGCAAAUAACUUCCUUCCCCCUUUUUUCCAAGAUCCGGCCGAAUUCGAAUUACUUCCCAUUCGUCCGAAAGAGCGUUCCUUCGUUUUCAAGAAGAUGAGAGUUUCGUGCAACAAUUUCGAGCGUCACUGCUUGCCUUUUUGCGUUCCAGCUUAGGAAAUCAGGCGUCGAAACUACCGAAAUAGUUCGUUCUCGCCACUGGAGAGAACGCUUAUCUUACAAAACACCCAAAAAGUCGUAGCAAAGAUUUAAAACCGAAAAUUUUAAUUUGGAAAACGAAACAAGGCGCAGCCUGAGAGUUCUAAUAAAAUGAAUUGAAUCUUGAAAAAAAGGGAGGAAAGAAGUUAUUCGCACGUCUAAUAAAUAAAUCGGCGCGAUUGAUUUUUCUUAUUAUCGAGACACAAAGUUAAAAACACAAAGUAAAAAAGAGAGAGAGAGAGAAAGAGAGGGAGAUUAUCUUAGAUCUCCAUGUAAUCCGCGUUACGGGGAUAUAGAGAAAGGGUGAGAAGGGAAGAUGGGUGAUAUCCUAGGAAACUUUGCGUCUUGGAAUUAUAGCAGUUAGUCGACAUCUAACUUGCUUUCAGUUCGUCUCUCUCCGCGGUAUUCUUGUUCCAUGUUAAUUCACUCGGUCGGACUUUACCCUGCGUAAUACACGGCUAUCGGGUUUCCAGUUACAAUCAAUGUUACACCGCUUGUUACGAUCCCCUUCCCUGCGAUCUCGAGACGCCGCUUAAGCUUAGAUUUGCCGCGUUAUCUUCGCCAAUUUAGCACCGGGGCAAAGGUGCGCUCGGGCUACGUGUUCGUUUAAACGCUGACAGCGCGGUGCUCGAGCCGUGUUAAGCUUUAAUUAAACCAACUACUAACGAUAGGGGGAGGAAAAGGGGUAAACAGGAAACUUUUCGAACGAUUCGAGAGGAGAGGAAACAAAAGAAAGAAAUAGAGAGUCGCGGAAGGUUAAUCCGUGAAACGAGUGUAAUUAAACGUGGAGGUUGGAGGUUCUCACGAGAGUAUUCAGACGGGAUAAUUCGAAGCACGCGUCUUCGCUCCGCCUCUGAUUCGUCACUCGGCGCAUUAAUCGAACAGACGAGACAAUUUGAAUAUAAUCGGACGGAUGAUGAGAUAAGAAUUUCUCCGCGCGGAUGCGUCGAGUCGUAUUAGUCGGAUUAAUCGAGGGAGCGACUUGUAUUUCUUCACGGCAUCGCGAUUACGCGUCGUCACGCCAGCGCGUAAUUAUUAUUCGAGGAAACGUUCCAUUCCAUACAAGUUUUACCCUCCCUCGACGAUGCGUGCGACCACGAGGGAAUUUUAAACGGCGCGACAACCUUCGACAACUUUGUUUCCGAGUUCCCUUCUUUUUCUCAAUCCUGUGCUCCUAUACGCGGAUGGCGUAGCGCGAGUAAUCGAUUCUGCGAUACCUCGAUGUGUUUCGUAUAUACAUACGGAACAUCUCGUACGGGAUAAUCGUUUCGAGACUAGAAAUUUUAAAGCUCGUAAAGCUCGAUGGAAGAAAAGCUUGUUCGAGGAAUUAUUCUGUUCCAAUUAAUUAAAAAAAAACAAAAAAAAGAAA